AUGGACUCAGUGGUCCAGAGGACUUGUCUCGCUGCUGUGUCUCUCGAUUACAACUGGGGAUCCCCUGGCAAUUAUUUCCUCACGGGAGUGCCGACUUUCAGCGGAAUGUACAGGUUGAAGAACGUCACCGUACUGACCACCCCCUCCAGGAGCGAAGCAGCCACUGCUGAGAUCAUGCUGUUUCCUGGCCUGUGGUUCAGUCACUCAGGAUUGGUGAACUCCAUUGAAUUUGUGGUGCAGCCUUUAAGAAGAGCAGCUCGGGUACAUUUCAAAGUAUUCAGGCCAUACUGUGCCCCGAAUCUGUUCCUCAUUCCUCCAGGUUGUGAAGCACUCCGGACUCCCUUUGCCAGCUGCCAUACACAGUCAGUGUGUAAUACCACAGGGGGAUGCCUGAGUGGGCAGCAGUGGUGCCAUCUGAGGGAGCAAUGUCUGCCCAUCACCAGCCCCUGCAGCUCAUAUGCGUUUGAGAACAUCACCACAAACAUCCUGCCAAUUGCAAACCCUCCUAGAUACAGAGGAACACAGCCAUUCUACUCACAGGUGGCAGAUAUACCCAUGACAAUCACCUCUGACUUCAGUGCCGUGCAAAUAAAUGUGGUGCUUGCUGGCAACGAGAUCCCUGUCUUCCCGGACGACGUCAUCGCUCUCCAGCAUGAUGCUGGCCCCGGAGCCCUCCUGCAUUGCUCGCCUAGCUCCAUGUCACCAUGGCGACAGAGUUACAUUGGGUUGGUGGGUGGGAGCUGGGCAGAGAGUUUGCUGAUGGGUUCUCAGCCAGCACGGCUCAGCACCGGCUGGGUCGAUGGCAUUGUCUGUGACGUGCGUAUCCUGUGCACAGACCAGCUGCAGACAGUGGCCAUCGCCCCAUCCCCUGACACUGGGACGGACACAUCCCCCGUAACUGCAAUUAAUGGGAAAGGCCCGACUGUGGCCAACUGCCAUCCGCUGCGCACUCAGACAGAGAUUACUGGCCUGCAGCUCAUCUUCCCACCAUCCGAAGGUGAAAGGAUUUCAGUACCAACAAAGAACGAGAUGCUCGUUGUGACCAAGAUCCAUUCUGGCAGCUGCGCCACCUCGUGGUGGGGUCCGCCAGCCCACCAGUCAGGAAUCAGCUUCGUGGCCCACUGCCCGACCGACAUGCCUCUUUUCAUACCUGCUUGUCGCAGGGAGACGGCUGACACCUGGUUCUCCUCUAUUCAUAUUACCAUCAACCACCCAGGACUGCAAGUCCUGAACGUCAGCGUGAACAACGGCGUUAGCUCCCAGAACAUGUCCAUAGUGAUCCACGCCCAUGAUGUGAUCCAGGGCCUUCGCAUUGUCCCCGGCCAACACAGGCGAAUGCUGGUGGAUGCCUCUCAGGUGUUUUCAGCUGAGGUUACCCAUGGCACUUCGAUUAUUUAUACCUGGGUGAUCGACAACCUGUCAGUCUUUUCCUACACUGGACAAACCUACGCGGUGAUUUUUAAACGUGCUGCUACCUACAGGUUGAAGGUGACGGCAGUGAACCCAGUAAGCAGUCAGAGUGUGACGACCAAGCUGGUAGCCGACACCAUGCUCCCGCUAAUGGAUCCACAGUUUAUUAACAUAACCAACGUGAUUCUUGUUAACAAGCCCCAACUCUUUUUUGUCACAGUUAAAGCGGACAGCUUGGCAGAAGUUACCUUCCGAUGGAAUUUUGGUGAUGGCAGUGCCCCAGUGACGCAUUCCACACCCUCACAGCUGUCCUCUGCCCUGGCUGUGGGAAACCAUGGUUCUGCACGCCGGAACCUACAGAACUGCAUGAACUGGACAUACAACGAGCCUGGUGUCUACCAUGUGGAAGUGGAGAUCCAUGCUCAGAGGAGCCGUGCGAUGACCAGCAUCCUGGUGUAUGUCCGUAGCCUUCUAUUAGACCUGAGUUGUGACCUGGCUCCAGACCACCCUAGUGUCAAUGGGAUUGUUACAUUUGAAGCCUCCCCUCAACCCUUGUCCAAUGAAAUAUUCUACACGUGGAACUUUGGUGAUGGAACUCCUGCAGUUGAGGGGACGAAUGCCACCAUGUGCCACCGGUUUAAAGAGAAGGGGGUUUACAAUGUCUCUCUGGUGGCCGAUAACAUGGCCAGUGUAAUGAGCUGCCAUGUGGUGGUAAGGGUGGAGGAGAAGAUCACUGGCCUUAUGGUGACCAUUAGUGGUCAAGGGGAGGUGGGCUCCCCAAUGCUGGUUCAUGCCAAGACUUCAGCUGGGACCAACAUACUGUGGACCUUUGACAUGGGAGAUGGCAAAUCCUUCGGCAACCUGACGGCAGCCACCAUCUCCCAUAUGUAUGCAGCCGAAGGGAGUUAUACCAUUACCGUCAUCGCCAGAAAUGCAGUCAGCUCAGCCAGCCGAUCGGUGGUUGCCCAGGUCUAUGUAUUGAGGGUGGUGAACAUCACAGGUCCAGGCUGCAUGGCCUCAGGGAGCCAAGUAUCCCUCCAGGCCUGGCUGACCAGGGUGGGAAAUGGAACCCGCUUCUGUUGGAGCUUUGGAGACGGUAGCCCAUCCCUGGUUGUGCUGGGCAGUUCUAGGGCUCACCAUACCUACGCCGCUGCUGGCAACUACACCAUCACGCUUGUUGCCAGCAGCCCCUACGGCAAGGCCCACCAGCAAGCUACUGUCUGCAUCCAGGCGCCCAUCAUUUCUGUCCACCUUUCGGCCAGCCACUCCUCAGCGUUGCUGGGGGAGCAGGUGCAGUGGGUAGCCGAAGUGGUUCCCAGGGAAGAUGAGUGGCAUCCUUACGAGUACCGAUGGGACCUGGGGGUGCCAGGAUCCUUCAGGUCUGGUGGACGGGAGGUGUCAUUCAACUACAGCCAGGCAGGUAUCUACCUGGUCACGGUCCACCUCAGGAACCAUGUCGACCAGCAAAGCAGCUCCUGCUCACUGAUUGUCCAGGAGAAGGUUGGGGACUUCACCAUCUCCCAUGAUGGGCAUGGUCAGCAAUACCUCUCCCUGAACAAGACCUACACUUUCCACCUUAGCGGGGCUUUGGGUACAAACUCCACCUUCCGCUGGGACUUUGGCGACGGCACUGUGCCGAGACCGGGUCAAGGACAAUUACACAUAUAUUGGAAACCCGGCCCAUAUACUGUCACUGUUGUUGGGGAGAACCUGGUCAGUCACCUGGAGAAGCAUCUGAGCAUCCGGGUGGUAACACCUAUCACAGAGCUUAGCGUUAGUACCCAGCAGUCAGCAGUAGAGACAGGAAAGGAUGUAUUGUUUGCCACCAGGCUGGGCACGGGUGAUGGGGUCUCCUAUUUGUGGGCUGUUCAGGGAGAACGUGUCCAACACCAGAGAUCCUCCAAUUUCAAGUACAAUUUUGAAGAACCUGGCACUUACGUUGUGGAAGUGACAGCAAGAAAUGAAGUGAGUGAAGAGACAGGAGCCAUCACUGUUCAGGCUGUGGAGAGGAUCCGAGACCUGGAGAUAUCCAGCAGUGACCUGAUUGAGGGCAGUUUUUCUGCCACCGGAGAGGCCUGCCUGCUGCACGCGCACCUGGCCCAUGGCUCCAAUCUGUCCUAUACGUGGAUUAUCAGUCGGGGUCCUGUCACAGUCAUUACUGGUCAAGAUUCAACUGUGCUCUUUCAACCAGAAGAAGCUGGGCAUUACCUGGCAGUUUUGGUGGCCAAAAAUGGUCUCGGAGAGGCCAACCAAAGCAAGGAGAUCUUUGUGCAAGAACGUAUCCAUGGAAUGGAGGUUACUGCAUCAGCACAUGAGGUAGGCACGGGAGAACUGGUGCACCUGAAGGUGGCUGUCGUUUUGGGGACAGAUUUGCAGUAUGAGUGGACCGUUGAGGGAGAUGAGAAUCACACCAGGGCCAAUACCUCCACACUGGCCUACCUUCCCACCUCUGCAGGGACCACAAGAGUGAUGGCAGCUGCCUGCAACAAGCUGGGGUGUGCUGAGAGCUCAUUGACCUUGAGGAUUCUGGACCCCAUUUCUGAAGCGAACUCCUCCACCAUGAGCAGGUCACCCUUCUUCCUUCUGCCACCCAAUGCCACCACUUUCCUCCAUGGCUUUGUGGGCACGGGCAUUGACAUAGCCUGGGAAUGGAGUCUAUUGGGAGACAGAGGUAUCCAGGCCUGGCAGGGGAACCACACCACGGAGCACGCCCUCGGGAGAGUGGGUGUCUGUCUGUUGAGCCUCAAUGCCUCCAAUGGAAUCAGCUGGGAAUGGGUCCACCAUGACAUCGUGGUUCAAGGCUUGGCAAUAAUGCCAAACGAGACGGUUGCUGGGGUGGUGGAUGCUGUUACCUUCAACCUGUCAGUGGAACAGGGUAGCAGCGUACGCUUUGUCCUCUCUAUCCCCGUCCUGGAGACGGCUGCUUGGCUGCCCAGGGACACCCACAGCCUCGCCUUCUUGCAAACCAGUUGGCAGUGGCCAGCGGUGGAGGUGCGCCAAGAGCUAAGGUUACGCGCCAGGCUGUGGGCUGGUGGGGCUGCCAGCCUCAUCUGGUUCUUCCAGCUGCCCGGUUCCCCCAGCUGCCGCCUGGCUGGGCCCAGCGUCGCCUACACACCCGGCACUGCUGGGUUGCUCACUGUCCGCCUGCGGGCCGCCAGCAGGCUGGGAUCAUUGACUGUCACCCAACGCUUUCGGGUGCAGUUGCCGGUGGUGGUGGCAGCGGAAGGCCUUCGGAUCAACCGCACUCCGCUAUUAGCCGGUGAACUGGCGACCAUCCACCUACCAGCAGCUGGGGGUAGCAAUGUCCAGUACUGGUGGGACUUUGGGGAUGGGGAUGGGACCUUCACUAGUCAGAGCUGCACAGCCCAACACCGGUACAGGGCUGCUGGCCGCUACACCGUGCACGCCCGAGCAUUCAACGAGGUGAGCGCAGCAGGGGUGCUGAGGCUGGAGGUCACGGUGCUGCCUCAGCCCAACUGCCAGGCUCCAGCUGUCCGCUUGGUGCAGCCGCCCCUGUCUGUGGCCAGAGCCCAACCGAGUUACUUUGAGGCUGAUGUUGAGCUGACCGGGUGCACAUCCUACCCAGUUCACUAUCUCUGGCAGGUGGUAAUGGGGGCUGACUGCCACAGGCCGGGUCACCACCGAACCCUGCCUCUCCCCACUGUCCAACUCAGCAAGUCACAGUUGACCCUACCUCGGCUGGCCCUGCCCCUGGGCCCAAUCUGCCUGCAGGUCAUGGCAGCACUGGGCGGAACUCAGCUGCAUGGGAAGGCAGAAGCACUGGUCCAAGUGGUGCGAAGCAGGCUGGUAGCCAUCAUUGAAGGGGGUGCAUGCCGAAGCUGGGCUACACACCGGGACCUGGUGCUAGACGGUUCCCAGUCCUAUGACCCAGACAUCCAGAUGCGAGAGGAGGACCACCUGGUGUACAGCUGGCACUACGGGAGCACGGAUCAGUCCACUUCUCUCUGUAUUCCUGCUCCCAGUUGUUGCAAUUCUGUUGUCACCAUCCCUGGGCACACACUGGUGCUGGGUGCUACAUACACAUUCACACUGACCGUCGGCAAGCCUGGGAGGGAGGAGGUCCAUGCCACUCAAACGGUUCUGGUCCAAGCUGGAAAGAUCCCGAGCGUGCUUUUGGAGUGUAUCUCCUGCCGUGUCCGCUGGAGCUAUGGAGUGAGCAGGAGUACGCAUGUCUCAUUGGCUGGAAGGUGUGCCAAUUGCAGCAGCCAGUUAUUGUACAAGUGGACGGUUCAGAAUCCUGAUGGCCACCCUUUGAUCUUAGACAACCAAACCACCUCCACAGGAGACUCGAAUGCUAACCUGGUCAUUCGACAGGGGGUCCUCCAAGAUGGAGUCAACUACACUUUCACCUUGAACAUAACUGAUCUUGAAGAGGAAACCUCAGGCUUCUCCCGUAUCAUUCUGAGCCCUAACUACCCUCCCAGUGGGGGACACUGUACCAUCCAUCCAGAACAAGCUCUCUAUCUGUUGGAAACCCCUCUUACUUUUAAUUGCACAGGCUGGUGGGAUGAGGAUGGAAUUGUUGAUCAACUGGUUUACUCCCUGGUGGCUGUCACCUGUUCCAGAGACUCCAUUUGUGAAAGGUUCCGGCUGUACUGGGGCAUCAAACCCUCCUUCAGUGCUUUGUUGCCUGUGGGCUCGUGGAGCAAAGCCACAGCGGUCACUGUGAUCAUUGAGGUGGAAGACAUACUGGGUGCCCGUAACACUGCCAUCAACAAGACCUUGAUGGUUCUAACGCCAGACCUCCCAUUAGACUCACACUCUGUCAUUGACUGGUUGAAACAUAAGAGCCAGUCAGGAUUAUGGGGCCUGGUACAACAGGGGAAUCCUGAUAAAGUGAUCCCAUUCUCCGUCGCUCUCAUCAGCGCUCUAAACCAGCACUCUGGUGCUCAGGGAGAGGUCCUGCAGGACCGGAUCGCCAUCCGUAGUAAUGUGACCUUGGCAAUGACAUCCCUGCGCAUCUCCACGCUGGAAGAGGUGACCCAGGUCAGCGCAGUGCUGGCUCAGUGUGCGGCUUUCCCUGAAGAGUUUGUUAGGGGAGAAGGAUUAGCCAGAAGUUUGGAAAUGAGCAGACAAAUGAUUGACAUAAUUGGGAAUAAGACAGGUCAAGGAUCAGCCACACCCACAGAAGCUGGAAGAAAUAUCUUGCGAGUCCUAGGUGCUGCAAUAGCUGCGGUAAAUUCCGAUCAGAAUAAUGGCAGUGAUGCAGCCAGUGGCCUUGUCACUUCUGCCUCCAUCUUCAGGCUGACCAACGAUCUUGUCCAGUCUCUCAUGCGCUCUCGUGUGUUCAAUGAGGAACUAUUGUCCCUGUCUGUCCGAGAGAUUGACGUGCAUGGGAAAAGAACAGACCCCUUCAAUUUGCUGUGUGCCUGGCCUCAGGACCACUGCCACUUCCAUGUCCCCCAGGCACUGUCCCAUCAGCUGUCAGCAAACCGUGAACUCAUCCAGAUCACAAUGAGCCUCCGAGUCAACCCGUUCCUGAUGGGCUCUGUCAGCAAUGACAGCAUCUCUACCCACCUCGGAUCCAUGGAGUUCAGCAGUCCACAGGGCCUCCCUGUCCCUGUCAGCGGCCUGUCCGCAGAGACGUCUAUCCGUGUUAUCUUACCAGACAGGAGAACGCAACACUGGCGGCACGGUGCAGUGACAAAGAUCCUCGGACCUGGAGAGAGCACGAACUUCACAGUCCAGCCCGUGAGCAGCAACCAUGAAGCUGGACUCCAUGUCUGCCUGCGAUUCACCCUGCUGGAACUUGGAGGAGCUCAGGACCCGGAUCCUUUCAUCCAUAUUCGUGUUCAUAAUGACUCCCGGUUUAAUGGGACUCACUACAAAAUGACCAAAGGAGUCGUAUUACCUUCUGAUACUGGCAGUCUGAGUGCUGAGCACACAAUCUUCCUGUUGCCGGAGGUAUAUGAUACCACCAGUGAGGAGCUCAGUGUCACCAUUUCUAGCCACUUCUCCUCUGCUCCAGUAGAGGUUUCCGUCAUUGUGUACACCUCCUUGUGUCAGUACUUUGACUUCCAGAGCCUUCGGUGGAGAACAGACGGCAUCUUCCCCACACACUGGACCAGACCAGGGGAAACAGUGUGCCUCACUCAGCACCUCACUGUCUUUGGAGCAAGCUUAUUCAUGUAUCCAGAGGCUAUCCAGUUUCUGCCUCCUGUGAACAGCCCAGUGCAGAAUUCGAUUGUGGCAAUCACCUGUGCCUUGGUCUUUGCUCUUUAUGUCAUGGUAGCUCUCAUCGCCAACAAGCUGGACUACAUCGAUAUCAACCGUGUUGGCAUCGUCCCUCUCUGUGGGCAGCACGGUCGCUAUAAAUAUGAAGUUAUGGUGAAAACUGGCUGGUACAGGAACUCAGGUACCACAGCUCAUGUGGGCAUCAGCCUGUAUGGAGUGAACAAGAGUGGGUCUCGCCACCUGGACAAAGAAGGAGCAUUCCAAAGGAACAGUCUGGAUGUUUUCCAGGUUGAGACAGAUGCCAACCUGGGUGAGAUCUGGAAAAUCCGAAUCUGGCAUGACAACACAGGCUUAGACCCUUCAUGGUAUCUGGAGCAUGUGGCUGUUUGGGACAAGCAGACAGAUAAUUUGUACUACUUCCUGGCUCAGGACUGGCUGUCUGUGGAGAAUGAGAAGAAUGAAGGGAUGGUGGAGAAGGAUGUGUUGGCAGCAUGCCCCCAGGAGCUGCGUCGUUUUUCCCGCAUCUUUACUUCACAGCUAAAGCGAGGUAUGUCAGAGAAGCACAUCUGGCUCUCGGUGUGGGAUCGUCUGCCACGGAGUCACUUCACUCGAGUCCAGCGAGUCACCUGCUGCACUCUCCUCAUAUACUUGUUCUUUACUGUGGGGGCAGCGUGGUAUGGAGCUGUCGGAAUCAAAAGCAAGAGCCUCCCAGUGGCGUACCUGACCACUGUCACAGGUGAGACGGUGGCAGUUGGCAUUGUCCUGGCUGGCGUGGUGUUCCCAGUCCACCUCCUCUUCACUUUCCUUUUCCGGAGAACACGUAGCAAGGUCACUGUGGAUAACCUUGAACCCUCCACCAAAGAGACGCAGUCCGUGGAAAUGGAUGUGUACUUGGACCACUCUGAGCUUGGCAGCUCCUCCUUUCUGUCCAUCCCCAGGGGAAAGGACUCCAUUCUGGAUGGAAGCUCCGACAGUUGUGAAUCCCUUGGCAGUGAACAGACAGAACCUGGUUUUGGAUUUGCUCCAAAGCGGAUCAAUGAGAGCCUCUUGAACAGUUGGCCAUCAUAUGACUGUCUUUUCAAUCUGCCUGACCUGUUGAACCAUGACCCGUUGUUAAGUCGGAACAAAAUUUUGAAGAGGAAGAAACCUUUGCAGAAACGAGGGGUUCUGCCCUGUUCAUCCUCAGAUGAGGGUGCACUCUCCUUUUCCAUCUCGGACUCCUAUGACAGCAGGACUUUGAAGCACAGUCACCUUAUGGCAUCAGAAGAAGAUCUCAUGAGAAGCAUUGCAGAAGAGGCAAAAUGUAAUGACAGGCCAUCAGACCAGGUGACCUCAGACAGUGGACGUUUCUCACCAAGGGUGGAGCAGGACCUUGUCUCUGAGAACUGGGGGAGCUCUCUCAGUACCUGGACUGACCUUGGAGAGAAGAAGCCGUGUAAAUCGUUCAGCUCAUCUGGAAGAAUAGCCAGCAGUUGCAUGACUCGUCUGGAGCCAACGCUCAAACCAGGCUCAGCCUUUUCCACUCGUAUCGGAAUCUCAAAGAAACCAAGAAAGUGGCUCUUCCCUCAUUCAGCCCUCUAUGUGAUCUAUAUCCUGUGCUUCCUUCUCAUUGCCACAUGCAUCAGUCUGACCAUCUCUUAUGGCAUGUUAUUCCCCAACCACGUUCUGCUCAUGUGGCUGAUUUCUGCCUCCUUCUCCUUCCUGACGUCAUUUUUCUUCCUGGAACCUCUAAAGGUGUUGUGUGAAGCUCUGAUCCUUGCUCUCAUUACCAAGCCAGUUGACCCUGAUGAGGAUGAUAAACUGGUUGAAGAACCCUUGAUUAAGAAAACUUCCGAAAGAAUCAGUAAAGUUCGCGCUCCAUAUGGUUACAGUCUCCUUCAAGCCAAAGAAGAGGCGCGAAAAGUGAGAGUAUUGUACACACUGAUGAAGAACUGUAUUGUGCACAUGCUCUUCCUGCUGGUAGUGCUCAUCAUCAACUAUCAGGGAUGCUCUGAAAACACCAAUGCACGGCUUCUGCGAGCUGCUAUUCAGCAGUCAAUAGUUGGCAAGAAUCCACAUGCAACCAACACUGGUGUUACUCCGAGGCCAACUGAAACCUGGCAAUGGAUAGGGACCAGACUACUCCCUCACUUGUAUAAUAACUCUCGGCUGACACUACUCGGAGUACCACAGCUACAGCAAGUCCGGUCGAAAAAAGGAUAUUGGUGCUCAUGGGUUUACAGGCCAAUGUCUGGCAUUUGUCCUGGAGUUAUCUACAGCCAUUAUAACCUGAGAGACAAAGCAAUGGCCAAGAGUACCAAUCACAGUGGGGUUUAUGCAUCAGAUGACUCUGCUGGUCGAUGGUCCACUCAAGAGAUGGCAACCCACGACAGCGAUGGAUAUACGCUGGAGCUUGGCAAUAAUUCCGAAGUAAGCAGAGCAAUUUUGGAGGACUUGAACCAGAAUGGCUGGAUUGAUGCAAAGACACAAGCCCUAUUUGUUGAGUUCACCCAGUAUAGCCGGGAUGUGAAUUUGUAUGCAGUGGUGAAAUUAGUUGUGGAAUUCCAGCCAACGAAACCUACAAGACCAACCAUAGACAUUAGACCUUUCUCUCUGUUGCAUUCAGACCAAGGCUUGAACCUGUUGCUCAUGUCUAUGGUGCUGCUUCUCCUCUUCAGCUUUGUCUUCCUCUGCACUGAAGCUGUUGCCAUGCGUAGAGCGGGUUUCUCUUAUUUCAAAGAGAGACAGAAGUACCUCCAGCUGCUCAUCAUCCUCCUCUCCAUCCUCAUUCCCAUCUUCCACUUCAGCCGCCUCAGACUGGCUGACAUGCAGCUCGACCGUCACAAGAGGAACCGCUGGGCAUUUGUCAGCUUCUCCCGCAUUGCCCUGCUGUCUGAAACAGCCACUGGCUUUGCAGCUUUGCUGCUCACUGUUCUCACCCUGAAGGUAGUAGGACAGCUUCGUUUUUUCCGAAGGUGGUGUGUGUUCGGGAAAACCUUCCAGUAUACGUUCCAAGAGCUGACAGUGGCCACCUUAGUCUUCUUCCUGCUUGUUCUGGCCUAUGCACAGUGUGGUUACAUGAUAUUCUCUCCAACUCUGGAAGACUUUAGAACUUUCAAACACACCGUGCUAUCUUUGGUUGCCUUCUCCCGAGGAGCAGUGGCAUUGCAGCAUGCACUUCACAAAUUUCCCUUCACCGCCUCGGUCUACUUCGCCAGCUAUCUGCUGUGUCUGGUGUGGAUUACAAGGAACCUCUUCAGCGCCAUCAUCAUCCAGAAUUACAGGCAUGUCCGAGCAGAAAUGUAUCGUCCUGCCAUUGAGCCACAAGAUUAUGAGAUGAUUGAGUUCUUCAUUAAAAGAUUUAAACUCUGGAUUGGACUAACUAAAGCGAAGGAGUUCCGUCACAAAGUGAAGUUUGAAGGGAUGGAGUCCCUGCCAACAGGCAAUACCCAAACUUCCAGAUUUUCCCGGCUCCCAUCUGCUGGUACCGAGUCCCACUGUUCCGAAUGCACCAUUUCAUCUGGCUCGGUGCAAUCUGAGGAGAUGAACCUUGCUGAGAGUCCGAGCACAGAGGCACAUGGUGUUCAGACCUAUCUGGAUCGACUGCUGCCGAGCAUCAAUAGUCUCCUUGAUCAGUUUGACCGUGUCAAUAAAAUCACCAACGACUUGUAUCGUAUUGAAACCGAUCUGGAGAAAUUACAGGACAGAAUGAAUAAGAAGAAGAGGGGACAGUGCAUGAGAGGGAAAAACAAUGCUGAGGAGAGAAUUAUUCCUCUACCAAGCACGCAGUUCCUUCAGCCCAGAACAUAUAGUGCAACCUCCAAAUCAGCAAUCUCCAGCCACCAGCCAAGCAAAGGUCCAGCUUGUGCAGAAGUAGUAGCAUCAGAUCAUAGGGACCUACAAGGUGAAUGUAAGCCUGCUGAUGGUUCUAGGCGAAAAGUCUGGCAGUUUGGACUACCACUAUCAGCGGGCGUCAACCAGAGGUCACUGGCAUGCUCAGGGCUGGUUUCAAAGGCCCGGCCCAGAAGUGAGGAAGGCCAGGAUCGAGGACUUGAUAGGCAGCUGGCCCCAGUAAUGAGGAGAGCAUGGCACACUGAAAGCCUGUCCAUUGCUAUUGCCUUACUUCCAACAUGCAUAAAAUACCUAGGCUUUGGCCACUUGCUACCUUGCAGAAGGAAAACAGCAGAAAUUGAUGUUGCAGAUUUUAUGUUAAGACCAGACCCUGAGGGCUUAAAGAGGGCUAAGAAGAAUGUGUUGUGGGAAGUAGUGGAGACCUUGAAACUCAUGGAGGUUAAGAAAGGGAUGACAAAGCUGAGGCUAGAGAGACUCAAGUUAGAGGCGAAGGAAGCAGAAAGACAGAGACAGCUCAAGAGGGAGAAAUGGCAACGUGAGGAUAGUGUGGCAGGCUGUGGGGAUAAGUUUAAUGUUAGUCAGGAGAUUAGAGUACGCCAACAUUCAGAAGCCUGGAAAGGAGUACUAGGCAAACAUGGUGCUGGAAACUGCAACAACAACGGGCACCCUCUGUUAGAGUUUCACGCGGAGCAGCAACUCACCACCACCACCACCAUUUUCCAGCAGAAAGACAGUCUAAAGACAACUUGGAUGCAUCCUCGGUCCAAGCAUUGGCACCUCAUAGACUACAUCUUGGUGUGCCAAAGAGACCUUCGAGAUGUCUUACUCACCCGAGUGAUGCCCAGCGCAGUGUCAUAUGGACCAUUGUCUUGUCCGUUGCAAACUCAGUCUCCAUUUCCAACCCAAGCCAAAGAGAGGAGGCACUCCAAGGAAGAAGUUUCAGGUUGGCAACCUGAAGUGAAAGCUGACUUCCAGGCGAAUCUUCAGUUGAGACUUGAGGAUCCCAGUUUCCCCACAGAUGCCUCUCCAGAAGUGCUUAGGGAACACCUAAAAACCACCAUCCUGCAGACCUCUGAAGAAGUCCUAGGGUUUUCCACAAAGAAGAACAAGGACUGGUUCAACGAGAACAACCAGGAGAUCCAAGAACUGCUGGCAAAGAAGAGAUCCACCCACCCACCUCGCUCAGCUGUCUUGUCCUGA